GAGCAAAAGCCUCUUUGGUACUCAUAUUGUCUUUUAUGUGAGGCUGAGAAGAAGCACCAGUCAUCGGGAUGCCAUCUCCCUGAGCUCUUCCAGGCAGACGUCUGAUUCAGUGUGGAGCCGUUACCAGAUUUUGGAAAAUGGGAGGCUGAAAAUUGGGAGCAUCCGCGGGCGACACUGAGCUGCAGAAGUGCAAAUAGAAAUUGCUUCAAGAAGCAAACAAGAUGGGUGCUGCUUUUAAAAGGUUCUGCAUGCAGUUCUGCUGCUGCUGCUGUGCUGAGGAGGAUGAGGAUGAUGAGGAAAAGCAACCUCUUGUAACUCCAGAUCCGCUGGAUUAUUUCACGCGGGAAGUCCAGAAGCGACGAGAUGAGGAGACAAACCUGUGGAGUGAACCCGGAGAUCCCAGCCACUCGGAGAGAGAUGAUGACCGGACGCUUUACACCCUGCUUCAGGCCAGGAAUAAGACCCGCAUCGGAUCAACAGGCUAUCGUCGUCUGAGUGUGGACAUUGAAGCCAUGAGAGAUACACGCAGAGAAGUCAGAGACAAAUGGCAAACUAUCCUGGAAAACCUUGGUUUCAUGGCUGAAGCAGACUCACUGCUGACAGUAUCUGCUGGUGCCUCAGCUGACCGUAUGCGUAACGCCCCUGCAGCACGCGCCAUGCUGCACUCGUUGCACACUGAGACCUCAAUCUUCAGCAGCAAGGAGCCACCACCGGAAAGAUAUCUCUUCAUCCUGGAUCGCCUGCUGUACCUUGACAUAGCUGAAGAUUUCUUGGCCAAGGCAAAGCGGUUCUACCCUCCAAAGGAGGACUCUGAUGAGGAGACACCCGGCCUGGCCAUAAACCUGCCCCUACUGCUGGCCAGGGUGGAAGCCAUGAAGGCACGUGGCAAUGAUGAUGAUGAUGAAGAAGAAGAUGAGGAUGAGAACGAUGAUUAAAAACUGAUCCAACAAAAUCUGCAGGCUUGUAGUGAUGACAGAUGGUAGCCAGGGGGCAGUACUCAUCAAUCUUAAAUGCCUGCAAGUGUCUGAGGCCUCAGCUGAAGUUUUCACACACAAACACACACACAUACCCUAAGCAGUUAAAUAAUUUCUAUUUUUCUUUCUUCCAAAUUAACCUGGAAGUCUUACAGUUUACUGUCAGAUUGUUUUUCUCCCAACCAAUUACUUUAAAGCUUCUUUAUUGUUCAUUUACUGUGCACCUUUAGGAUAGCUAAGAUUUUUACAGAAGAGCCCCUUUAUCUGGUGUCCUGUGAUUAUCAGCACUUUAAGUCAACCACAUGAUUUGUACAACACUGACUAAAUAGCCUAGCUAUGUAAUGUCACAUUAUUUAUCAGAUAUACUUUUGUUGUUAUCUGAUUAACAGAUGUCCAAAGCUUACAUUUGAUUUGAGAUUAACUUGGAUAUAGAAAACGCUAGCGUGUUGUUUGUUGAGCUUUUUAAUUGGUUCUGUGUUUUACUGAGGACUCUAGGGGAUGUAUGUGGGAGGAGUUUUUUGUUUUCAGGCAUGCUAAGUGAAAUGUGAAAAAAGUUGAAUCAGUUGAGCAAGUCUUUGCUUGUUUAUGAUGAAAUAAAAGUCUC